AUGGCUUUGAGAACACUUAAAGUGGACUUUAUGAAGCACCAGAAUGCCUGUAAUCACAACACCUCUGAUUAUGACAAUCCACACCUUAUUCUGAGAAGAGGACAGAAGUUUACUUUGAAGGCUUCCUUUAGCAGGGCAGUGACUCCAAGGGACAAAAUUGUCUUGCAGUUUACUACUAGCUCCCGUCCUUCAAAAGCAAAUGGAUCACUUGUACAAGUUGACGUAAAUCAAGCUGACCUGAGAAAAGACUGGAGUGCUACAAUCUGCGAGUGCCAUGGCAACGAGUAUACAAUCUCAGUCAAUAGUCCUGCCAAUGCCAUCAUUGGAAAAUACCAGCUGAGUGUAAUAACAGGAAGAGGCAUUGUAUACAUGGCAGGGGAUUGCUCCAUUUACAUCCUGUUCAACCCUUGGUGUGAAGAUGAUGCCGUAUACAUGCCAGGUGAGGAGGAAAGGAUGGAAUAUGUCCUAAAUGACACAGGAUACAUCUAUGUGGGCUCAAGCACUAAAAUUACUGCCAGGCCCUGGAAUUUUGGACAGCAUGAAGUUGAUGUACUGGACUGCUGCAUGUAUCUUCUUGAACACAGUGAUCUCAAAGCUUCAGCGAAAAGGGAUCCGGUCAUUCUGUCAAGAAAGUUCUCUGCUUUAGUGAAUUCCAAUGAUGAUAAUGGAGUCCUGACUGGUAAUUGGUCAGGCAUGUAUGAUGCAGGUAUUUCCCCCACUGCCUGGACAGGAAGUAGCGCCAUCCUACAGCAGUACCACAAAACCAAGAGGCCUGUUAGGUUUGGACAAUGCUGGGUGUUUUCUGGAGUUCUAACAACAGUUAUGCGAUGCAUAGGAAUCCCAGCAAGAAGUGUCACUAAUUUUAACUCCGCUCAUGACACUGAAGAAAAUCUGAAAAUUGAUUAUUAUAUGAAUGAACAAGGAGAAACAAUAGACGAUAUCUCCAGUGAUUCUGUAUGGAACUUUCACGUGUGGAAUGACGUGUGGAUGAAAAGACCUGAUUUACCUAAUGGACAUGAUGGCUGGCAGGCAAUUGAUGCCACCCCCCAAGAAAAAAGUCAAGGUAUCUUCCAGUGUGGUCCUUGUUCUUUGAAAGCCAUUAAAGAAGGAGUUGUGUAUCUGCCGUAUGACGGCAAGUUUCUGUUUGCUGAAGUAAAUGCAGACAAGAUCCAAUGGCUGGUGACCUGGACAGAUGGUGAGGAGGAAUUCACCAAGGUCAAGGAAGAGCAAAAGAACAUUGGGAAAUUCAUCAGUACUAAGGCGAUUAAUAAGAACUUUAAGGAAGAUAUUACAUUACAAUACAAGCACAGAGAGGGCUCAGAAGAAGAGAGGACAGCAUUUGGAACUGCCUGCUCCCACCUGAAGUCAGACAUCUGUAUGGUGUUUGCUGCUCCUCCACCACCUCCGCCACCUGGCAUUAAGUUACAGAUCACAGGAGACAAUGAAUUACUGCCAGGGAACACUUUGUCUCUGAAUAUUGUGCUUGAAAAUGAAUCAGAUGAGGCAAAGACAGUCACUGUUAAUGCUGGAUGUCAAUUGCAGACCUAUACAGGCAAAGUCAUUGCAUCACUGGCAUGCACCAACCAGACUGUGGAAGUGGCAGGCAAACACGCUGAAUCAGUCCCAUUUAAUGUGGCUGCCGACCUGUACAUGAAGUCUGUGGUAUUAGUGGGGGAUGAGCUCAUGAUCAGAGUCAAUGUCAUCGUAGAAACAAAAGACAAAAACGAGAAAGUCAGUGAGUUUCUGAUGAUUCCAUUCAUUUAUCCGUCGCUCAAAGUGGAGAUGCCAGAAACUGCCAAGAUUGAUGAAGAUUUCACUUGUACUUUAACAUUUAAGAAUACUCUGAACAUCCCCCUAGAGAAAUGUGAGCUGCAUGUGGAAGGACUGGGCAUCUUCAAGCUGGAGAAAUUUGAUCAAGGAGACGUCAGGCCUGGAGGAAUCUUCCGCUCUAAGAUCAUUUGUGCUCCAAAGAAAGCCGGAGAAAAGAAAAUUGUGGCUGAAUUAAUUUCCAAGCAGAUCAAGGGAAUUUCAGCUGAAAGGAUGAUCACCAUUACCAAAUAG